CCCCAUUCCUAGAGAGCCACUAAGGUGUGGUGGGUGGGUUGGUUCUAGGUGUGAAAGAACACACAACCCUUGAAUUCUUUCGCUUUCAAACAAGGGAGGGGAACUUAAACCGGAUGAGACGAAUCCCCGGCCUGGCUUUAGGUGUGGAGCUGUGGGGGGGAGGUCAUGGGGAAUAUAUUCUCCCCCUUCUCGGCCCCACGAAAAGGGGCUCGCCGGGCCGAAGGACUCUGCAACCCAGGUAGUUUUGAUGAACUUCACCGCAAAUGCAAAGAUGUUUUCCCUCAACAAAUAGAAGGAGUCAAGCUGAUCAUUAAUAAAUCUCUGAGUAGCCAUUUCCAGGUGAGCCACACUGUUCACAUGAGCACCAUUGGCCACUCGAGUUAUCACCUGAACACGACGUACUUGGGCGAUCAGCAGCUUAGUGCUACAGAGACUUUUCCCACCCUUAUUGGCGAUAUUAGCAGUGCUGGGAGCCUCAGUGCUCAAAUUCUCCAUCUUAUAACGGAGCGGAUACGAACCAAAGCGGUUUUCCAGACUCAACAGGCCAAAUUCACCACCUGGCAAUUUGAUACUGAAUAUCGCGGGGAUGAUUACACUGCCACCCUGACGCUGGGGAACCCCGAUCUGAUCAGCGAAUCUGUUAUUGUUGUUGCACACUUCCUCCAGAGCAUGACGUCGCGGUUGGUCCUAGGGGGUGAAUUGGUGUAUCACCGACGUGCCGGAGAAGAAGGAACCAUUGUCACUCUGGCGGGCAAGUACACCGCUCUGAAAUGGAUAGCCACCCUUAAUUUGGGAUAUGGUGGAGCCCAUGCCAGUUAUUACCACCGAGCUAAUGACCAGAUUCAGGUUGGCGUGGAAUUUGAAGCCAACACUCGGCUGCAGGAGACAAGCUUCGCUUACGGGUAUCAACUCACCCUGCCCGAAGCCAAUAUGAUCUUCAAGGGCUUUCUGGACAGCAACUGGUGCGUGGGGGCCGUUCUGGAGAAGAAAAUACCACCGUUGCCCGUGACCUUAGUGCUGGGCGCCUUCCUCAACCAUUGGAAACACCGCUUCCAUUGUGGGUUCAGCAUCAUCGUGGGUUGAGGGCCUUCUCCGGCCUGGGUCUCUUACAAAAUGGAGGCGGUUGGGGUUUGAAAGGUUGGGGGGGCGGCCGUUGCUCGGUUAGAGCAAUGCAGCCUUGGAUGAUGGACACGAGGGUAUCGGUGCCCUUGCGGUCUCCCGUAGAUAUGCGGCGAUGCCACGGCCUCCUCCGUCGGUCCGUGCACGAUUCCUGCCCGGAGAGAAACACACCCUGGGUGCAAGGGUUCCCCGUUUCUCACCCCCUGGGACCUCCGAUUUUGCUGGCUUAGGGCAAAGUAAAAGCCAGGCACAGGAUUUUGGGUCUCCUUUCUACGUUCGAUGGUCUUUGGAGAGUUCUGAUCUCUGGGUUCCCCAGUGGAGCGUGGGAUCGGCGCCAUUUUGGUGUGGGUCAUGUGGGGGCCCUGAAAUUUGAAAGAGCCCCUCAACUCAGCUGCUGUUUCCUGGACGGCUUGUGUUAUUUGGCUGAUUCAGGGGCAAGGACCAAAAAGCUGAAUUGUAUGACUUCAGUGCAAUGGUGACUCUAAAUAUGAUUAAAACGAUGUUGAGGCUAGAAUUCCUAGCCCCUCAAAACACU